AUGAGCACCAUAAUCAAAAAGGCCGGUAAACAAGGCAAAUUCAGAACAUGCGUUACAGCAGUCACCAGAAUCCUGACUAGAGCCCGGGAUUUCUAUAUCAACUGCAUGAAUAAUUGCGCUUCAAAUGUCGGUACGUAUAACAGUAUUGGUGGCAUGGUGUAUCCUGCUUCUCAUCUCGCUCCAUCUUUGCCCAAGAGCUUUAGUGUCAGAUCUUCAGCAUUAAUCAGCGAUGAUGAUUUGGCUGAGCUUCUGAGGGCUGCUUCCACCGGGGGCCUCAGGAACAAGAUUGAGUUAGAGUUUCUUAGGCAACAGCGGCCCCCCAUGGGAGGAGUAAGUGUUGUGCAGCGCAGUCAAACAAUUGCCAUUGGAAGGAUUGAUGAAGAAAAGCCCUGUGAUUUUGGAGAAGAUGUAACUUUGAGAACAGAUGCUUUUCCCAGAAGUAGAAGCCAUGCAGUCACAAACAGGAAGGAUUUUCUGAAGAACAGUUGA